CUGAAGUGACUGCAGUUCCGACGUUGGCCACGUGGGGCAGCAGUGGACAGACCAAAGCGUCAGUUACAGGAACUCCGCGACUGGUCCCCUGCUCAGCAUCCCCACUUUCCCUUUGCUAAGGAAGGAGCAAAUGAGGCCAGCAGCUUCCCAGGGAUCUUCCAGGCAUUUGGCACAAGACUGAACGGCUGAGGCAUCCAUCCCCAUGCACUGAGCAGCUUCCGAUUCUCAGCCUCCCCUGUGUGAGACUGUGGUGGUGCCAAGCCCCCACCACGUCACCCACUUCCUUCCUGUUCGUCUCAGCUGAGAGGUGCGAGUUGGGGGUCCACAGCAAGCCCAGCGCUGGGUGACCUAGGGUGAGCCGCUGACCCUCUCUGAGCCUUUAUGCAAAGCACCGAACGAGGAAUUCCGGGAGCCGCACCAGCGGAGGCGCGAGGCAUUGGUGGUGCACUUCCCCCCAGGGAAUAAAGACUCGGUGAUCGCCAGUUCUGCUCCAGGAUUGCCUCUUGCAGCCUCACUGAGCAGUCUGUGCUUCCUCCAGGAUGGAUGCACGGACGGUACUGCUGGGCCUGCAAAUCAUGUCACUCCCGCUCCUGGCUCAUUGUGCAGCCGCUACUCCCACCCUGAGAUUUGUGGCUGUGGGUGACUGGGGAGGGGUCCCCAAUGCCCCAUUCCACACAGCCCGGGAAGUGGCCAAUGCUAAAGAAAUCGCCAGAACCGUGCAGAUUAUGGGUGCUGACUUCAUCAUGUCCCUGGGAGACAACUUCUACUUCACUGGAGUGCAUGAUGCCAAAGACAAGAGGUUCCAGGAGACCUUUGAGGAUGUGUUCUCUGACCGUGCCCUCCGCAAUAUCCCCUGGUACGUGCUGGCUGGGAACCAUGACCACCUUGGCAAUGUCUCAGCACAAAUUGCCUACUCCAAGAUCUCCAAGCGCUGGAACUUCCCAAGCCCUUACUAUCGUUUGCACUUCAAAAUUCCACGGACAAACACAACUGUGGCCAUCUUCAUGCUGGACACCGUGAUGCUGUGUGGCAACUCUGAUGACUUCGUCAGUCAGCAGCCCAAAAUGCCCCGAGACAUGGGAGUGGCCCGAAGUCAGCUGUCCUGGCUCAAAAAGCAGUUGGCAGCAGCCAAGGAAGACUACAUUUUGGUGGCUGGCCACUACCCCAUCUGGUCCAUUGCUGAACACGGACCCACCCGCUGCCUGGUCAAGCACUUACAGCCACUGUUGGCCACAUACGGGGUCACUGCCUACCUUUGUGGACAUGACCACAACUUGCAGUAUCUUCAGGAUGAGAAUGGAGUGGGCUACGUGCUGAGUGGGGCCGGCAACUUCAUGGACCCCUCUGUGCGACACCAACGCAAGGUCCCCAAUGGCUACCUGCGCUUUCACUAUGGAUCCGAGGACUCCCUGGGUGGCUUCACAUAUGUGGAGAUAAGCUCCAAAGAAAUGAGUAUCACCUAUGUGGAAGCUGCUGGAAAAUCACUCUUCAAGACCAGCCUCCCUAGACGACUCAGACCCCUAUGGCUCUGAGGCAGGAAGCCUCUGCAUGCACGGUGGGUGGGCGCUGUGAGGACCUCAGCCAUGGGCAGCUUCUUCUCUGGUUCCUAUUGCUCUGACAGAGUGGGAAGGGAAACCACAGAGGCUUACAUACAUGAAAGGAGUAUGUGCACACUGACUAACCCCACCCCACAGCCAGGCUCACCCCUGAGGUUCUAGAGUACAGCUUUCUUGGAGUGAGGCUUUCUUCUAAAUCAAGCAUUUUAUUGUCACUGCUAUUCAAUAAAAGAAUGGUUGUCAAGACUGCA